CAAAUAUAUUUAAUAUUUAUGCAAAUUAUUACCUACAUGUGAAAAACUCUAAGGUAGUUUAUUAAAAGAAAUGGUAGAAGAAGAAGAAGCAACUAAAUAUCGAGUUUUCUUUGUGCGUACUGGUCAAAGUGAUAUUUCAAAUUCACGCCAUUUAUCUGGCUGGUGUGAUGCCUUUUUAUCACAACAAGGCAUACAAGAAGCCCAUGAAGCAAGUCAAGAACUUAUAAACAGUGGUUAUAACGUAUUUGACGUAGUAUUCACAUCUACUUUAUCGCGUGCUCGAAAAUUUGCACAAAUUUUACUGAGAGAUUUACACUUGGAAAGUAUUACAACAUAUCACUCUUGGCGCUUAAAUGAACGUCAUCAUGGGUGGCUUACAGGAUUCAAAUCUAAAGACACUGCAUGUAAAUAUGGUGUGGAACAAUCUGUACAUUGGUAUCUAUCGAAAGGUCAAAUCCCAAAAAUUACUAAAAAUCAUGAAUAUUAUGCAAACAUUGCGCAAACAUCAAAAGAAUACAAAAUUCCCGAGCAUCGUAUACCAUUAUCUGAAACAAUCGAAUCAUGCGCAAAACGUAUACUGCCAUAUUGGGAUUCUUUCAUAGGUCCAAUGAUUCGAGCAAACAAACGGGUAUUAAUUGUGGUACACGAACAUGCAUUUCGAGGUUUUGUUAAACUACUUCAAAAUAUGAAUGAGCGAGAAAUUAGCCUUAUUAGAUUACCAUCGGCAACAAUUCCCAUAUAUUAUGAUGUGAAUGAAGAUUUAGUUGCGUUUAAUGAAAUGACAUUCAUUUGUAAUAAUGACAAAAAACAGGCUUGGUUGGCAAGUCGCUGGGAAAAUCGAUCACGUCAUAUUGCGGAAUUGAAUUUAACAUAAACGUAAAACCUACUAGAUCGAUUAGUUGGAUUUCAUUUUAAACA